GGUGAUAUGCAUAUAUUUUUAUUUUGAGUACUAUAGCGUUCCAUACCUACAACUCCCACCGUGCACGGCGGUCUAAUGCAUCAGCGGAUGGACAGUAAAAACAUAGGACGUCAUCAGCGCUGUCCCUAGCUUCGGACUUCCUUUGUGUGUACUAAUACGCUGAGAAGACGAUUCGGUGGAACUACCCGAUACAAGCAGUUUUGUCAAGGCAUGGAAGUUUGAUCCAGGGUCCUGGUGAAUGAAGCACUUGAAGAUGGAUUCAGUGGCUAGCCCAAUCAGUGAGCAAAUGCCACCAGAGGGAGGUGUGGUCAUUGAAAGAAAUGAACAUAUUAAGGAUCUCAAACAGGCAGCACCCAACUCCAAGGACAGAGGUAUGCAGAAACAGGCAGUGUCGGGACAUAUUGCCCCACUUGCCAGAAAGGACAUUCCGCAAAAGAAAGACCGCAUGGACCCAUUGAAGAUAGACAUGUCCAAGACUAUUGUUGCACCACCUACUUCGGCACAGUUGUCGUUACAGUGCAUAGAGUGCCAUAUUAUUUUCAGUGACAUGAAGAGUAAAGAGCGGCAUCUUAAACACAGCCACCCAGCAGAGUAUGAGCAGUGCAUGCUGGGGGAUGCCCUUUUCGCCUGCUAUGUCUGCGAUCGCCACUUUACAUGCUCCAGUGAGCUCAUGGCCCACCAGCGUACCCACACGGAAAAGCACCCCUUCAAAUGUCCCAUUUGUGGUGAUUCGUUUGGGAGGUCCUCGGAGCUGACCCUUCACAAGAAGAUCCACUUUGGCACACAUGGGUACACCUGCUCAGAAUGUGGCAAGCCCUGCAAGACGCUGACCCUGCUGAAGUAUCAUCAGCGCACACACACUGGAGAGAGGCCCUAUGUGUGCAAGGAUUGUGGCAAAAGGUUCAGCAUGUCAAAAACUCUCCAAAAGCAUCGUGUCAUACACUCACAGGGUGAAAUGGAAGGAGUUAACGAUGGGACUAUUCUUUCGAACCCUGCCACUUCUAAAGCAUGCAUAAGGAGGAUUUCUGUUCCAGCAGCCAUGGCACAGAGCAAACCCUUUGCAUGCUCAUUGUGUAAUGCGACCUUCAAGAGUGCUAAAACUCGACUGCAACAUAUGAAACACAAACACCCCCAUAGUGGAGAGAGAAUGCAUAAUAGUACCAUACCUGAUGGGGAACCACUAAAGGAAGGCUCCCUAACAGAAUCUCAAAUAAAGACAUGUGAAACAACGGAGGCUCUAGAAAACAUGGUCAUGUUUGAACAAGGCCAGACAUUACAGGUGAUGGAAACACUUGGACAAGAACAAAUGCAACAGCUAGCUGCAUUUAUAGAGACUUUGGGACAUGAUGAGUCUGUGAGACAAGUUCAGAUAGUGGUGCCAGAACAGUUACAAGGAGAGCCUGAACAGUCACAAGAACAGAAUUGUAGUGCAGGACCGGAACUUGCACAGCAACAGAUGGUGACAGUGGACAGUGGACAAUUGGAACAUUUGAAAGAAACUGAACUGGAGCAGCUGCAAGGAUCAGCAAAGGAAACUGAACUGGAGCAAGCAGAACUGCAAAUGGAGACAUUGGAAAUUCAGUUCACACAGGCCCAUGUGGAGACAAUGAUAGAGGCACCAGUGGAAGGACACAAAGAAGGGCUUCAGCUGGAGCAAAUAAAACUCAUGGAAUCCAAACAGGUGGAUGUACAAGCCAAUCAAAUGGAAGAGACCCAAAGACAAGAGCAAAAUGAACGACUGGAACAGGAAGUAAUGGGGGAACUGGAACUGAGACACACUGUUCAGUGUGAUGAGUCUCAUGGGGAGAUGGACUUGGCGAUUGUGGGUCCAGAUCAAGGACAGGUACGUGAACAAGCUGGGACACAACAAAAAAAGAGCAAUCAACAGGCAGAGGCACAGCAACAAAAGGAAGAUGAACUACCAUCUCAGUCUAGCGAUGAGGUACAGAAAUUAUCAGAAAAGACUCAAUUUAUACAAGAAGAAACAUCAGCAAAAAUAGGACAGCAAAACCAGAAAAGUAAGUGUUUGUCUAAAGUGAUAAAAGAAACAGAGCAGAACAAGUGUGACAAUUCAGAAGAGUACCCAGUUAUUCUGCUGUGCAAUGAGAAUAUACAUUCAUCACCUUUUCCCACGGUGAACCAUGAUGUGCCCCUAGAGGAGCAGGUGGUGGAGUCUGUAAAUGAAGAGCAAGAAGCACAACUGAAAAACCCAUUGCUCAUUAGUCAGCCAGUUAAUCAUUCCCAGUCUUUACAACCAGAGACAGCAAAACCCAAACGUACUCUGCAAGAGAAAGAACUGACCCACCAUGUGGAAAAGCAGUCAAAAGAAAAAUAUAUAAAGCGGUCCAAGAGAGGACACCUUGUUGUGAGGUUUGUGGCUCCAGAGAGAGGAAGAAAGUCAAAACCAAAGCCUCUGGAGUUGUCUAAAAGGCAACAAAAAGAUGACAAAGAGGAGGUUGUGCCAGUGGCUGUUAAAAAAAUUCAGCUUAAAGGAAAACGUGGCAAAGAAAAAAUUAUUAAAAAACGGGAAAGUAAUAAAAAGCAUUCUCAGCCUUUACUGCAGGAGAUUGAUCUGCAGGUGCAAAAUGGAGUGGUAAAGACAUCGGAGCAAGUGCGACAAGUGCAGUCAAGACGAGAACUCAGACAAAGUCAGAAAACUGUAGCUAAAAAAGAGCUCAGACAAAUUCAGAAAGAUGUGGGUGAAAAAGGGACAAAGCGAAAGAGAAGACAGGAACAGUUUGAAGAAACACAUAAGAAAAGAAGGGAAGAAAUUUCACACAUGCAGCUAAAAUACCAGGAACAAAUGGGUGCUGGAAAAAAACUGAAGAUACCACAGAAAAAGAAGGAACAGAAGGGGAAAAGUGGUAGUUCACAAAAUCAAGAACAAUUAAAGAAAUCUCUUCUUCUCCUAAAAGGGCAUAAGCAGCCCCAGCUAAAGGUUCACAAAUUAGAUCCCCAAAAGAGUCCGACAGGAGCACUGAAGCCACCAUGUCAGUCUCAAACUACUAGCACCCGGCAGAAUCAUCUAAAAAGGAGCACGAAGACUGAGCCACAACAAAGAACAAAAAAGAUAAUGCCCCAAAGGAAGCAACAAAGGCAAACCACAAAGCCAAAACAGGACCAGCAAGAAGAUAUGCUGGUAACACCUCUUCCAGACCAAUCGUUAUCAUCGUCCUCCUCGCUGAAAAAAUCAAGGGCCCCUCGAAAGCGCAAGCCAUCUGCAUUGGGGAUACCUCAAGGAGCAUUUAGAUCUCAACCUCAACUGGCCCUCAGGUGUGAGUAUUGUGGGGAGACAUUCUCUGAGGUGGUAGCUUUAGAGGAACACAUGGCUGCUCUAUGUUCUUCGGUGACUGGACCUUGUCAAGGUAAUGCGACCAUCAGCAGUCUUAGUGACAUUCCACAGGCUGGAGAGGAAAGGUCAGUUACUUUGAUUUCAAAGAAGAUUAGUAGACGAACAUCUGGUGCAGGACAGGAUGUGACAGCCAUGAAUGGAAAUGAAAUGAGAAUGAAAACUCUGUCUAAUCACAGAGGGGAUGGGGUGAAGCUGGUAGGUAUAGCUCCUUCAGGUGCAGACCUUUGUCUUACCUUAGAUCUAGUUGAGAAUCUCAAGUCAGACAAAGAAGUGCUUGGAGUACACAGUAACAAUUAUGGAAUCCAGACUUCAACAGAUUGGGAUAUGGAGGUUGAAAUGGGGGAAAUUGGAUUAGGAGAGAGAGUCUCUUUCCCAGCACUGAAUCCAUCUCCUUCUUUGCCUCAUGCCCCAACUUGCCUUGAAGGUGAAGUUCAAAGAGGAGGAGAGGAAAAUGGACAACUCAAUGUAGACAGCAAUAUUGUUACUGAGGCAGAAGUUUCCUUAAGUUUAGGUGCAAGUGAGAAUGGACAUUCACAUGAAUUAAUGCAGCAGGGAGAGGAGACUGUUAAAAACCAGAAUGACUUUAAGGACUCUGUGGAUCAGUCACGACAAGUAAGAGAACUAAACAGAAUACAGCAAAUGGAGCAUCAACUGCAAACAGGUGAUGUUCAGCUACCUAUUCCUCAUUCACAUAUUAUUCCUCCACAUCUCUCAAAUGCAAGCCAAGUCAAAAUUCAAGUAACACAUGAUCAACAUACAGUAACUACUGACAAAGCACAAAUGGAAGGUGAGGAACAGAAGCCUGAAUUCCAGAAAAGCAACAAAGAGGCAUCAGAUUGCAUCUACCUUGUAGACUCUGGUACAGUGUGCCAGAGGGUUGAGGAAAUAAAAGAGGAAUUGCUCCUGGAAGUGGAUAUGGUCACUGUUGGAGAUGAAAGUAUGGAAAAUCACCUUGAUACACAGGAUGAUAAUAGUCUGGAGUUAGUGAGCAGUUCUCAAACCACCAAAGUUUCUACCAAAUCAACGAGCCCACGUCAAGCAACUGAUGACUCCAGACUUCCUGAACAUGCCACAAACAUCAACGCUGCAGCCAUAACCUCAAAUACAAGUACAGUUUCUUGUGCCCCAGACUGCUCAGAAGUCAAGCAAGAGGAGGAAGAAAUAGAAGUGCAGAGGAAGGAGAAUUGUGGAAAAAGAAUUAAUAGUGAAAGGCGAAAAUUGACUGUUACCCAAAAAUGUGGCCAACGGAGCAAGGUACAAGAUGAUAGCACAAAGGAAACUGAAACAGAGAUGGGAAAGGAUGGAUGCCAGGUUAUUCUUGAGGUGCACUCCAUCACUGAUGGUUGUCAUAUUAAGGAAGAAGAUCAAGUGGAGUUUUUAAACCAGUCCCAUAAAUUAUGUGCUGAUCAGAAGCAAAUGGGACCGAUGUGUGACGGUGUGGGGCGUGCAAGUACAUUGGAGUCUCAUCUCCCAGCCUCUCUGGAAGAGUCUUCUGAUGAACAGUUAGUUUUUGAGCUGGAUUCUGUUACCACCAGUGUAGAAGUUUUGAAAGCAGAGCACAGUUUGGAAGAAGAACCGGAAAAGGGGCCUAGCAGUUGUCAGUCUCCAUGUGUGUUGCUUGAGCGGAUUUUCAGAGGAAGAGAGAGGGAUGGGGAAGAUUUGGAGCAUUGCCAAGUUGAAAUCAGAAACGGCAAAAGAAUGAUGGAUAGCACCAUGGGAUUUGAGGUGGAAGGCAAUCAGGACAUUGACACCAGUGGGAUAAUACUGAUGGAGUCUCUGAGGGGUCAGGUUAUUAAGGUAGAGGAGUACUCCACAGAGUCCUGCACAACUGCUUCUGUCAGGAGGAAAAAGCCAGUGGUUGAUCAGCUGAAUCCAUGUGAGAAGCAAAGGGGGGUCCGUAUGUUUUUAGUUAAAGAGGAAGACUCUCUUGUUGCGAAUGAACAUCAGGGUUUCCCUCAACAUGGGCACACAGAGUUGAUGAUGGGGGAUGUGCAGCAUGCCAGCAGAGAAUGUCUUGGGACAGAUACCAUGCCACAGGGUAUCAGAGACCAGACUGUGGAUAUAGAGCAGGAAGGAGUAAGCAGUGUAUCCCCUUUGAUCCUUAAUGAUGGAGAUGGUGGUGAGCAAUGCAUAUUCCUUCAAGUAAAAGAAGAGGAGAGAGAGGUGGAGUUGGCCCCCUCCCAGAGAGAACAUGAAAUAUCAGUGUUGGUGGUGUCUGGGACAACAGCACUGGAUGACCAGAUGGAGACACGUGAGAUUGAAGCGGAAGACCAGCUUGUGUCUGGUCUCCACUCAGGACCAUUUUCAAGUAGUGGAGGUUUCUGGGUAUCUGUGCCUCCAGCGUGUGUGACGGAACAAGGUUUAGCAGGAACGGAGAACUGUGAGGUGGACAGUCAACAAAUAAAGCAGACCAAAACGCAACCAACUGUGUAUGUCUCCAAUGAACAAGAGCUGAAGAACGCUCAGGAAAUUACCGAUUUCCUGCUGCAGAACUCCGAUGCAGAAGACUCUGAUCCCAGUAUUUCUGAUUCUGAGCUAGAAGAGGAAGCCUUUGUGAUGGCUUGUUACCAUGAGAACCAAAAAUGUGUACUCAACUCCGACAAAAGCCCAAGCAAAUGGCAUGACCACAAGACACACAGUUUCUCAGCCCAAACAGAAGACACUGAAGAAUCAGUGGGAAAUGAACAAGAGAGAAGGGAACAGACCCCUAUAGAUUAUUUCAGACAGUAUUUGGACUGGGAUACAUGGGAAGAAAUUGUCACUUGCAACACGGGUUGGCCAGAUUUCCCAACCACAGUCACUGCCAAAGAGGUGGCUCAGUUUGUUGGCAUUCACAUUGCAAUGGGAACUUUGAAGUUCCCCGACAUGCGGCUGUACUGGCAGGACCUUACCCGAGUGCCCUUGGUUGCCGAUUCCAUGCCUGCGUCCCGAUUCUUCCAGUUGGCUUGCAAGCUCAGGCUGGGACACCGAACUAGAGAUUCUGAUACCCCUACCGAUGCAGACCUCGUGGGCACCCGUGGGAACAGAGCCCGAUCUGAUGAAAACAGGGACAUUCAUGUAGAAAGACUUGCGUGCACAUCUGCGUUGGCUUUCCAUGCAGGUGUACCAGAGAUCGUUUGCAAUCUUAGCAAUUCCAACACACUUACUCAUACACUUACAUCCACAGGCAGACCUGACCACAGUGAAAACAGUGAGAAACCCAGGAGUGGGAAAGCUUUAGAAUCUCCUUCAUUGCAUCAUCCUGGCACAAUGAAAAUUCAUAUCCACGGAACACACGAUUAUGCACAUAAUAUACCACGAGAAACAGGUCUCAGUGAUAUUGCUUUACAACACCAAAGCGAGACGGGCAGCUCAAGUUCGCAUCACGGUACAACACAUAAAACAAAUACAACUGAAAACAUCCCUGAAAUCAAGAAAUGUAAUGGUAGCACUGACCCGUUGUGGAGGGUAAGAGUAUUGCUUGAGAGAGUUCGAGCAGGUUGUCUGGCACUGAAUCGGGAAGGAAACUAUGGAAUUGACGAAUACCCUAUUCAUUUGGGUCGGUCAAUAAGAAGGAAGUCCUUUAGCAACUGUCCUCCCACGUUAAACUGUGCUGUCCUUGUUGGGGCUGGUGGUUUCAUUCUAGAUUUUAAUUUGAAUGUGGAUGACUCCAGAAAGGAGGAUAUGGUAGAGAAAAUGGUCCCCAGGAAUAAAGAGAAUAGGGAGGGAGCAGUAUUCCUCUGCAAAGAAGAACUUGCUACCCCUGUUGUGGUGGAGCACCUUCUUUCAGCUGGUGUCAGAAGUGCAGCCAGGGUAGGAGAAGUAAGUGGAGGGAUGGGGAAUGAAUUUGUCAGUUCUGAUGGAAAGCUGACAUUAUUCCGCUGUGCACAGGGUUUUGUUCUUUCUACUUUAAGGAAAAGGCCAUCAUCAAAGUUGUCAAUUGUGGAGGAGUUUGAGAGAGCUCAGAAGGUUGUGCAACUGAACAGAGAACUCUUAGGUCUGUAUCGUACCCCUCUGUCGGCUUCCUCCCCAACCUGCUGGCCGCAGUCUGUGCUCUGGCACCUCACUGACAUGGCUCUAGUGAACUCAUGGCUACAGUACAGAGUAGAUCACCAACAGCUAAAGGAGCCAAUGAAGCUUAUGACAUUUCGCUUAGAGGUGGCCAAAGCGUUAAUUCUGUCAAAUGCUUCCGACAGCCCCAGUUCAACACCACCUCCCCCACCUGCUCCACUCCCCAAUCAAGACUCUAUCCUGUCUCCUUCACCUACCCCAUAUCCAACAGCCCACACUCCAGAUGACAUUUUCCGGUAUGAUGGUCUUGGACACUGGCCAGAGCAGGUGUCCCAGGGUGAGGGGGGUAAGUGCAGGUUUGGAGGGUGCGACCGAACAUCCCAGGUCCGCUGCCUCAAAUGCUGUGUAUUCCUCUGCAUCUCGCAGAAUAACAACUGCUUCCUUAAAUUCCACAGCAAGGAGAAAGAAUGAAGUUUAACCAUGUAAGUGUCAUGUGCAAUUAGGCCUGUUUUAAAAUUAGGUGCCCAAAUGUUAUGUGUAGCUCUUUAUAUGUCAUGCUGUUAAAACCCAUAUUAUUGAUGUACCUGCUGCAACAUAAGUGAAUGGUCAAUUACAUUGUAUGUAUUCAUCAAUUAAUGUGAUGUUCUGAUGGGUAUAAUGUAUUUUCCUUUUUAUAAUAAAAUGUUUAAUUUUAAAAA